AUGUUGAUAUUAUUUUUAGAAGUAUUACAUGAUUAUAUCGUGAAAAAUAAUAUAACAUCAUUCGUUCCAUUUUAUCAUAUUUUCAAAUCGAUAAAUACAAAUAUUCGUUUAAUUCAACAAGAAGCUAAUACAUUGGACAAGCCUGAAGAACAGGAAGAUAUUCAACAAGUGAGAACAAACUUCGAUUCUUAUUUAACUAAAAUUCAAAUGUCGCUAUCAGAUGAUAGCGAUCAAAGCAAUGAUGAUGGCAAUCAAGGCAAUGAUGAUGGUGAUCGAGGCAAUGAUGAUGGCGAUCUUUCGUAA